GACUUCCAAAAGCUUGAUAUCUGCAAGAAAAGCUAAAAUGCGAGAAAUGUGGAAUAUGGAGUAUUUCACGGAGAAGUGGGUCGGAGCACAACUAAUGAAUGGCUUUUCUAGAGCUGACUCACCAUCACCAGCGUUCACUCAAGGCUCUGUGCUGGCGGUUGCGGGCCAGGGUAAACAUUCCGAGCGUGGGCGGCGGCGGGCACGCGCAAGACUGACCUACGCCUCCUCAAGAGUCCCUGUGCUAAAGGUCUGCGGUCUGUCCGUCGCGACCCCCACGCAAGCCCGAGGCUGGGCGGAGCGGGGGUUAAACCCGCCUCUCGAGUGGGUGCGGCGCUGGACCCACCAGCUCUCUCUCUCAACG